AUGAUGGCCCGGCUCACCCUCCGCGAUUUGGUGUGGCGGCUACACUAUGUGGGAGCUCCCAAGGUGCUGACCUGCAUCGUUCUGAUGCUGCUGUGGUCUCAGAAUGUGGAAACCCUUUCGGAGGGAUUCGACUUCUUGGAGUUCUGGGCCGGCAAGGCUGUCACAUCUACGGUGAUGAGUCACUCUGGGAGGGAUGUUGCUGCUUUGGACAUAGACUACUAUAGGGUGGAUGCCAACAACCCCAAACGAUCCAACCACUAUGACAUAUUGACACCAUCCGGAUUUUUGCUAUGCCUCACGGCUGUGCUCAAUGCCAAAAACGGCAGAUUCACAGCCCUCAUGGCUAUUGUGUGUUCAUCAUGGACGACUAUCAACAUGGCAACAUCCGGGAGGCAUGUCGUGCACCCUCUUGGGAAUGAUCGAGAGUAUGUACAACAAGCAAAUGCUAUGGCAGGGCGGAUGUGCCUCCUCAUUUACUUGGUGGAGGUGAUGGGCGGAUGCUGGCUGGUUGAGCAGCCCUCAAAUUCAUUACUACGCUUCCACCCAAGAGUCAUGUGGACCUUUAGCAUCUUCCGAGCAUGGAGUACCCGAUGGUGGAUGGGACACUACGGUGCGAAAACUCCCAAACGCCAUGUUGCUUGGAGCAGUAGUCCCAAAGUGGGAUUGCUGAACCGGGGAAAGCUCAGCUGGGCAUCGAUGCGUGGCCGGGAUUACGACAAGCACAAGACUGCGGUGACUGGGGUGUCCAAGUCUGGAAAGAAGACUUUUCAGGGUCGCAAGCAGCAGCUCAAAGCUUCCCAGACGUACCCGUACAAGUUUGGAUUGCGCAUCCUUCGCAUUGUGAAUGACCUCCAAAGCACUGGGUGCAGGACAUUCCCACCGGUUCCCGAGUCCUUUAACCCUUUGGCUUGUUACCAAGAACAAGCAUUUACAGAUCUUUGGGUUGAUUGUGGCAUGGACGAAUGCCUCAAGUACUUGUAUGGCAAUCGUCAUUUGAAAGUGCCACCUGAAUGGAAACCACUUUUGCUUCCAACAAAUUCUUAA